UGUAGAGCUAGACAUGGUUUUGCGAAGUACUGACAGCACUUUAUCUCGAUGCAUCGGACAUGCAUCCUGAAGAAGACCAGGUUCCUGGUAUAUUUUAUAUGCUCAUCGGUCAUUGGGUUAGAUCUCAAACACUGCUGCGAAAAUGACCAUAGCUUUUUUAAAAUAGAUGCAAUGUAUCACAUUUUUGGCCAGCGGAAUGGAAAGAAGGAUCUAAUUCUGACAGGUUGCUGCUUGUUGGCAAACACUCCAACGCGGUUAUGAAGUGGUCAUAGAGUCAUAGACUGGCGGAGCUGGGAAAGGAGCCCUCCUGUCCCGGGAAGGGACUGGCGGAGCUGGGAAAGCGAGCCCUCCUGUCCCGGGAAGGGACUGGCGGAGCUGGGAAAGGAGCCCUCCUGUCCCGGGAUGGGGCUCCGCAGACAGCGCCUGCUCUCAGAUUCAUCUGAAGUAGAAAGUGAACUUCAAGAAGCAAAGGAAAAAGUAAGAACACUAGAGAAGGAGCUGGUUGAAGUGGAAGAAUGCAGACUGCAGCUCAGUGAGCAGGUCAUGUGGCUGGAAGAGCGACUAGAGGUCAUGAGAAACAAGAUAAAGUCUGCAAGCUUUUAUGAGGAAACGAUUUGUGUCAAAGAGAAGUAUAUCCAGAGGUUAGAGGCAGAGAAUAAAUGUAUGAAAGAACAAUUAAUACAAUCAAAACAAAAGCACAAAAAAAUUGUAAAGAAGCUGCAGAUUCAGCUCGCUCAAGUCAAGCAAGAUGGUGCAAUCAGUGUGAUGGAAGCAAAGGAGAGAAUUCAAACCUUGGAGAAGGAAAAUCGGUCUGUCAGGGAACAACAAUUCAACAAUAAGUGUUUGGAUGAAGGUGUUAGCAGUGAUGGCAUUGAGCAUCGUGAGCUCGGUUCUGGAGGUGAAAAUCGAGUACGUCUUGUCCUUGAACUGUCAAGUCAAUUGUCACAGCAACAAGAAAAGAUACGCCUACUGGAAACAACUUUGAAAGAGAAAGAAGCACGGCUGAGUGGACUUGAAACACAACUGCUCACUCAAGCAACUGCUGGAGCAUCAGCAAAUGGCUUACUGCAACUUAAUUUGCCAGCACCACAUGACAAUAAAACCUGUACAACAAAAGGCGAUCAAAGGUUAGGAGCACUGCUCUUUUCAGUGGAUACCUUGACCUCAGAUAGGUCGAGUAAUGGCAAAAUUGACCAAGGCUAAUCCUAUCUUAAGAUUCAAAGAAUUUAAGGACACUAAUUCAAAAGCAUAUCCAGCAGUGCAUUUGAAGAUGAAUUGGGUAAUUGUAUCGCUUUCUCAUGCCCACUGAAAGCAGGAUAUCCGGGACAACAGAUGAGACCAGGCCUCUGGAAAAUGUAAAUAAUAUGAACUAAGUUAAUGUUUCCUACAGUUACUCGGUUUCAUUGGCUGUAAUACAUUUUGGGACAUUCUGACAUAGGGGACAGUGCUAGCUAAAUGCAAACCUUCCUUGCUUUUCGAAACAGAUUUCCAACUCAAACAUAUGGAGGUAUCGAGCAUUAAUCAGGGUCUUAUUUUCCUAUGAGCCUUUUAGGCAAUGACCAUGAUGUAAUUAAUUUUCACCACAAGAGUCAUGCACACUGCAUUUUAGAAUUACAACAGAGUGAAACACAUACAUGUAACCUUAACUUUAUUCUGUAAAAUUGUAUAAUUUAUGUACAAUUCAUCUUUCUAUUUAAUUUACUGUCAAAGGAAGGAUGUCUAUAGUGUUAUCUGAAUAAAUCUAGAUUUACAAAACCAAUUAGGGAAAUAAAUUCUGUAGAGGAUAUUUAAGUGUAUUUAUUGCAUGUUGACUAAAAUUAUUGCAUGUAUAUAGAUGAUCAGGAGGCUGGAAGAACACAGAAAGCCAGGCAGCAUCAGGAGCUGGAGAGGUGACCUGAGACGUUGAUUU